AGUUUCUAUUUUCAAGGAAACGGCUCUUCUACGUUAUGUUUUGAGGUAAUCGACUGUCAUGUAUUCCGAUUAAGAGAGACACAUGUCAUAAGAGAGACACAUGCUGGGAGAUGGUUUGAAGUAGCUUCCCUUAAGCGUGGGUUUGCCGGGUCAGGUCAAGAAGAUUGCCACUGUACUCAGGGCGUUUAUACGUAUGACAAGGACGCACCUGCAAUUCAGGUCGAUACAUUUUGUGUUCACGGAGGUCCUGAUGGUUAUAUUACAGGUAUAAGGGGAAAGGUCCAAUGCCUUUCUGAAGAAGAUAAGGAUAAGACUGAGACGGAUCCUGAGAACGCGGAGAUGAUCAAACAGAAGUGUUACCUCCGUUUCCCUACUUUACCGUUCAUCCCCAAGGAACCCUAUGAUGUAAUAGACACUGAUUACCAUUUGAUAUACUCAAGGACCCCUAACCCGGGAGCAGCAUUCAUAGAAAAGUACAAAUCUUCACUGGCGGAGUUGGGUUACGAUCCUGACAAAAUCAAAGACACCCCACAAGACUGUGAGACGAUGUCGAAUAGUCAGCUUGCAGCGAUGAUGUCCAUGUCUGGGAUGCGACGAGCUCUCACCAACCAGUUCCCUGAUCUUCAGCUAGAUAAGCCUCUUGCUCUUGAUCCCUUCACCAGUGUCACCGACACUCUCAAGAAGCUCCUCGAGCUUUAUUUCAAGCAGUGACAUUCUGUGUAAAUCCAUCUCCAAAUGACACCUGACCCUUUGUUACAACAUUGAUCAAACCCGUCCCGUUCAUUGCCCGUGUUCGGUUAUUCAAGAUCAAGACCACUCGUCUCAAUUUCCCGUUCAUUCAAGAUUGAACUGACUCGAGAUUACUAUGG